AUAUUUCAGAUUUUUUUCACAAUUUUCCUUUGUUGGUUUUUGUUACCCUACAUUAUUAUACACAAAUGAUCUAACCCUCGCCGUGGGUACUCAAAUGCUGCCCAAACAAUUAGAUGAGAUGAUAGCAUCGCUGCUCAAUUGGAAGUCGGAUAAACAUUUUGGAGUGCCCGAGGUCGAUUUAUAUGCCCUAUUAACAAAUGCUCGAAUAGUUUUGUUGUCGGAGCCCAUGUUACUGGAAAUAUCUGCACCGAUCAAUGUACUGGGCGAUCUCCAUGGUCAGUAUAGUGAUCUGUUAAGAUAUUUCGAGACAGCUGGCCAUCCGCCAGCAAAAAGUUAUCUCUUGCUUGGCGACUAUGUGGAUCGUGGCAAACAUUCGGUGGAGACACUCACUUUACUAUUGGCGUAUAAAGUGAAAUAUCCAGAAUAUGUGUACUUAUUGCGAGGCAAUCACGAAUCGGCUAGCAUAAAUCAAUUCUACGGCUUCUAUGAUGAGUGCAAACGGCGAUUCACAGUUAGAUUGUGGAAACACUUUGUCGACACAUACAAUUGCAUGCCUGUUGCUGCUAUAAUUGAUUCGAAAAUUUUCUGCUGUCAUGGUGGACUCAGUCCGAUGUUACAUGAAUUGUCAGAUAUACGAAAAAUAUCACGUCCUGUUGAGGUGAAGAGUAAUGGUUUACUCUGUGAUCUCCUAUGGUCCGAUCCGGAUCCCACUGCAAACGGUUGGGGUAAAAACUCUCGUGGCGUUAGCUUUACAUUUGGCGUCGAUAUUGUAGUGCAGUUUCUGGCACGUUUUAAGUUUGAUCUAAUUUGUCGGGCCCAUCAAGUUGUUGAAGAUGGUUAUGAGUUUUUUGCCAAACGUCAAUUAAUCACCGUCUUUUCGGCUGUUAACUAUUGUGGAGAGUAUGAUAAUGCCGGUGCCAUGAUGUGUGUGGAUGACGCUCUAAAUAUUACAUUAAUUGUAAUGAAACCUCGCCCUCGUGAAAGUGGACAUUAUAAGGCAAAGCCUUUAGUGGAAGGACCAUCUGGAGAUAAAUCCUCGGAUUGAAAAGAAAUCAAAAGCGAAUCGAAAGCGACGGAAAUAAAAGCAAAACACUUUUCACAAAGACAUAAUAAAUACAUUCACUUAUUUUUUGCUAGUA